GUGCACAUUGCACCUUCCUCAUGCCUUGUGCUUCGUGCUUAGGCCCUAAGAGACUUUGGCACCUUGUAUAUUACCUUGCGUUUAGGCCCCGGGACACCUUGGUGCCUUGGUGCACGUUGCACCUUCCUCGUGCCUUGUGCUUUGUGCUUUGGCCCUAAGAGACUUUGGCACCUUGCAUAUUAAGUAACAUCGCUUAUAUCUAUGGGGCAGAAAAUGGAUUGUGCUGUCAUUUGUUAAGGCAGACUCCAGAGUUUGCCACAAGACAUUCUUCGCAUGUUAAUUCCUUUUCCCUUCAUAGAUGGUCACCCAGUGAGGCACCUUGUUGUUUGAUUAUGUUUAUUAUGGUGCAAUAACUGUAUAUUUUGACUUUUCAAUCUGUAACUGCAGUUGACUGGUCUUGUAUUCUGCCUUAAACCAUUUUGUAAUGCUUUCCAGCUUUGAGUUUUACUCUCUUCCCCCUCGCUUCUCGUGAAUUUGCGAAACCGUUCUGCUUAUAUGUUCAUCUAAGGAGUGCAGUGAUUUCUUUCCUUCCGUUACAACAGUUUUACUCAUGGCCAAGGGAAAAGGCAGGAAGUUCAAAAACAAAGGGCAGAUUGUAACCCGACCAGAUGCCAGCAAAAAGAUGAAGAAGAAGAAAAAAUUCCCAAAGAUUAAGUCCACUGAUGCUAUCGUUCCCAUUCCUGUCCCUCUGGCUGACCCUGCACAGACCUGUGCUUCUGCUCCUGCUUCUAAUGGCAGUAGAGCUGCUUCACAGGUUAAAGAGAAGGGAAAGGGCAAUCACAAGGACAAGUUGGGGAGACACUCUGGUUUUAUAUUUAUGUGUAACGGAAAGACAAAACCAGAGUGUUACCAAUACCGUGUUUUUGGGCUUCCUGCCGGACAAAAGGAAGUAGUAGAGAAGAUCAAGCAAGGCACUAAGCUUUUUCUGUUUGAUUUUGACCUGAAACUUCUAUAUGGUGUAUACGAAGCAUCCUCCAUGGGAAAAUUGGACUUGGAGCCUGCUGCUUUUAGGGGGAAAUUUCCUGCACAGGUAAAGUUCAAGAUUUUUAAGGAUUGUCUUCCCCUGCCUGAGGCUUCCUUCAAACAUGCUAUACUGGAUAACUAUCAGGGUGGCAAGUUCAGACCAGAACUCAGUGGCCGGCAAGUGAGAAAUCUGUUAUCAUUGUUUCGCCCUUUUGGUGCAUCAUCAUCAGCGCCUUUGCCUCCUCUAAAGCCAAAUGUUGCCCCACAAUGGGCAAUAUCUCCUCCAGCAAUGGAGCAUCAGUUCAAGCCCUUAUUAAGGCUGCCUCCAUCACAGGAUCCAUAUCUAGGUGCCACACGACAUGGUCAUGUUCAUGCUCAUGCUCCACAAAUAAUGGAGCCUCAACUUCCCUCACGGCAUGGAUGGUAUGGAACCACAACAUUGGAUCCUGUCCAUUCAUCUCUGGACCACCAGGGUUUGCCACCUCCCAGCGAUCAUUAUUAUAAUCCGGACACUCGCAGAUCAUACUUUGUUGAAGACCCAGCCCUGACUCUGCACGAAGCAUAUCCUAGGUAUAGAACUGUAGACGAGAUAGUUCCUCGUGAUCGACUGAUUGGCUUGGAGAAUGAGUAUUAUCGGUUGCCCUUGCAGAGGGAGAGAGAGAUUGCUUCCCACCCUGAUAAUGUUGUCGGAUAUUACAACUCUUACUCAAUGUCUGCAGUCCCUUAUGAUCGGUCACUUGCGCAACCACAUGCUCCAGCAUCUGGCUCCUACACAUUGCUCACCGCUGCAUAUGAUACAUCACUUGUACAUCAACAUGCUCAAGCACCUGGAAGGCGUGGGUUGGCGGAUGUGCAUGCUCCUAUCUCAUCCUAUUAUUCAUUUGCAGGGGCCACCCGGAUAACCCGCUGACCCAUCAUAUUGGGAUAAAAAUAGUGUUGAACAUGAUGGAAUGCCAGCAUUGCUUUGCCUGGUGGUUGCAAUAGAACAUCUAAUUGGCUUAUUGUGCUUUUGCUAGAAAAGCAUUAGUAUGUUCAGAACACGCCAAAAAUGUUCAUGGAAUAAUGCUGGAUUGUUAUGAGCUUUUGAAUAUUCAUCAUAGGUUUUUGAAGUCUUAUUGGGUAGAUGAAUCUGAAAAGCUGCGUAUACUUGAUCAUUGUUACUCGGAAUUAUUUAUGAUCUCUUAUGUCAUGGGGAAGAAGCAGGAAGGAGUCAAGUGAGUCUUGGUGUACCUAUUCCAUAACUACUGAAAGCUUGCUUGGACUACAAGAAAUCGAGUCAAGUAAGUCUUCUUGGUCUUUCUUCCCUUUGAUAUUUUGUGAAGUGGAGGUGUAAGCAAAAGCAUAAUAUGUACUAUGGGUUCUGUAUUAAUCCUAUUGAAGUGUCUAGCCCUUCAUGCACGGCAGUUUUGGCCAACUAAUCCUCCAUCAUCCUACUAGUGGUUGACCUACUGACCUUUGUGGUUGACUCCAAGACUUUUUUGAGUGCACUUGGAUCAUCUAUAGUUGAGAUCAGAAGCCCAAAAAUCCUAUUCUCUAGCCACGCUUUUGGUUGAUAUGCUGAGAUUUUUUGUCACUACCAAAUUUAGAGGUGGAGAUCAAAGUGUAUCUUGUCAUUUUUGAAUAGUUAUUUUGGGGUUUGUCGCAUUUGGAUCGUGUCAUUUUAGAUUCAUGUCGUGUUUGUAUUUUGUGAAUCAGAAACUCGGGACUAAUACCCUUUUAUCUCUUUAAAUUAAAUUUGUCAUCGAUAGGUUUCUUUUUAAUUAGAAAUUUGCCUCACGAAAAUCCUAUGUCAUUUGUUGACUAAAAUACUAACUUAAUUUAUUUGUUGCUCGUGUUAUUUUUAUGGGGUUCCUAUCAAGUUCGG